AAGGAAUGUCCCCAAACUGGCCGAAGAGGUCACCUGAUCAAGGAUCUUUAAGAAUUCCAGAGAUUCAGGAGAGAUUAGGGCAUGCAGUUAAUAAUCUAGUCAAACACUUCUAUAAACCAGAAAAAGAGAGGGGGAAUUUGACCUACUUAUUGUGUGGGGACCAGGGCUUGGUUCAUUGUCUGGAGCUGGUAUUCCAGUACGGAUUCAGGUCAUCAAGAAUCUUUAGGAACAAAUUCUUCAUCUGGGACUACCUUGAAAAGGUAAAGCAACAUUUUGAGAGUGUGCUGACCGGUGAAGUGCGACAAGCCAUCACAGAUGGAGCUAAAGCCGGCUACUGGAUUUACUGUAACUUCCUCAGUAAAAUCAACAAUGCCACAGAGUCUGUGGGAAAGGACGGCAAAUUUCAGAUAUUUGUUUGUGUCGGUAUAAGGGAUCAUCUGUUGCAGAAGUUACUUCCCCUGAUUGCCAACACCCCAGUGACGGCCCAGAUGUAUGAGGAGAACUCCUUUCUGAGGAAUUACAGCCACAUUAACUACUUAGUACACAUACUCAGUACACUGGAGGAGUUCCAGAUCACCCUAGAGUCCUCCCUCCUCCGCGGAUUAGAUAUAUGAGAAAGAAAAUGGGGGAAGGGGGGAAGGGGUAAAAAAGUUCUACCCACCAAUAUUUAUACAUCUUAUAUUCAAAUUAGUUUUGAAUUCCCAUUAAUUUCUUGCUAGGAUUUACGACAGCAAAACCUGUGAUUAUUUUGUUUUAUCUUUUUUUUUCUUCCUUGUGUAAUUUGUUCACAUAUUAGGAUUUUUUCCUUUUUUGUUAUAGCUCAAAUUAAAACUAAGCAUGACAGUCCUUUACCAGUUUAGUAUGUCAUAUAUUUUUUUUUCGUCCUUGCCAUAUAUAGAUUUUAUAUUUUC